AUGCGGACCAACGCGCGCCGCCUGACCGCCCCGCAGCUGGACGUCGCAACGGUGCAGCUACCAAACCUGCUCCCCAGCCGUGGAGGAAGCUUCGCGGCCAAGCCCAGCGCGAGGAGACUCAGUGGAGGCCCCUGGGCUGGACCACCCACACCCUCAACAAGCACCAGCCUGACGCCUCAGUCCGGAGGCAGUGCCGGACCCGCUGCCGGGCUGGUAGAGUCGCGCAAUCUGCGACGCUUCAGCAAGCAGCGAGGGCUGGUGCAACAAGAUGCGGACGCUAAAGAUGAAGAAGUACCCAGUUUGGAGGAGCUGGAGCGCGACCUUCAGGGCUGGAACGGACAAUGGAAGAAGAAGAAGGCGUCGGUGCUCAUCCUGGAGCGUCUUCGUCUGGAUCGGGAAGCUGAGAUCCGGAGGAGGGAAGAACUGGAGGAAAGGCGUCGCAGACAAGAGGAGAAGCGCGAGCAUGUACGCCGAACGAUGGAGCAGGAGCAGCGGGAGUUGCAGGAAGAGAUCAAGCGCCACGAAGCGCGUGUGAAGUCCUUAGAUGCAGCAAAGGCCUGGCAGAACUUCGCACACCGGAUCGUCUGCCUGCAGGACCAGCUCAUGGAGGAGCUAAAGCAGCCAUGGACCUGUUCGACCUGUUCUGGGUCAGGCUUGUGCUACAGGUGCAAAGGUGAAGGCAUCCUUUCCGUCACGUACCUGUCGUCCAGUGUGCACACCCGAAACGAAGAUGCAUUUCGGGGACGCUGUGCCUACGGUUGUCAUGCGUGUGGAGGCACGCGGGAUGGCCGUGAUGUUUAUGGUCACGAAACUGGAGAGCUGGGCUCCGGUCUUUGCUUGAAAUGUGCCGGGCAAGGGCAAAUAUGGCCCUCCCUGCGAGACGUGCUGGAUCAGAUGGAGGAGCGCAAGCAGGCAGCUCUAUCUGCGGCCGAACCAGUGUCUCCGCUGUCUCCGCUGUCUCCACGGUAG